AUGGCCGAACCUCGCACUCCUCCUCGAGCCCAAAUCUCAAACAUCACGUCACCCACUGCCUACCACGGGGCUGCAGGAAUGUUCGAUGAUCGUGACCACGACACUUCUUCUGCUACGUUUUCAAACAUUCGAUCCAACGAAGGCUCGAUCGCAUCGACGCAACCAUCAACUCCCCCGACGACUCUAGGAUCCAGACUGCUCUCUGGCGCGACUUCACUCGCACGAUCUGGCUCGACUCUCCAAGCUCGCACGCGAUCUUGGGUUCCCAAACUUAACAACUCCAACAACACCUCUCCCGAACGCAGACAGGCUUCGCAAGGAAACAAACUUUUCAACGACCUGUUCAGUGGAGAGUCAGCCCCCGUACGUUUAGGCGUGCCAACUGCAUCGCUAGACGACCUGGAAGACAGCGAAUUUGUCAUGGAGCACCACACAGAGUUUACGCCCAGACCCUUGAGUCGUAGGAAGACGUCUACUACAAUGAGCGCCUCCAACUCCGCCGCCAAAAGCGGACCCAAAUCCUGGUUCGCUCGCAAGGAGGUUCAACCAACACCUUCAUCUGCUCUACCAGACGAGAUACUCAGCAUGAACAUCAACAGCUCCCUCUUUCCACAUGGACCAGUUGAUCCUCUGUCGCCCCAUGCGUUCAACGAUCUGCUGUUGAACGCGACGGCGUUGCUUGAGCGUAUGCAAACCGCCUAUAGGGAAAAGGUCGACUUCCUUGAGAGCAUUCGACCAGAAAUGGAAGCCCAGAAAGAAGAAGUCGCCGAAGCAAAAACUCGUGCAGAGCAUUUGAAGAUGCAGCUGGAAGAUUUGGCAUCAAAAGCAGAGGAACAAAGACAAGUGAACCUGGAACUUGUCCAGCAGAUUGCAGAAGAGAAGGUCAAGAGCCAAGAAGUCGUGAAUACCGUUCGAAUGGUUCGCGCUGACGCUGAUGGUGGUGCCGAUGACGACGAGAGUCGGGCAGGAAAGAGGAGAUCGGCUGGUAGCACCGCCGACUCCGGAUUCGAAUCCGACACCGAUCGUGACACGGAUGCGAGUUCGAUAUUCAGCUCGGGGAUCCAGACGCCCAUGUCAACGCAUCAACCGCCAUCCAUGCUCCCGUCUGAGAAUAUCUACGAUGGAAGUUCUUGGAAUGUGGCACCCAUGAAAGUUGGCCAUGAGCRAGUGAAUGCUCUUGCAGGCGCGAAUGGGACUAGAGGUGCAUGGGCAACCAUCGAGCAGCUGCGUCAUGAGAACGCCGGGUUGAGAUCAGAAGUCGAUAGUCUCAAGCAUGGGAUGCAAGGAGUUAUCGACUUUGUCAGCCGAUAG